AUGAAAGUCGUGAAGGACGAGAUUGAUAACAUCACCGAUGUUCGAAUGUACAGCAGACCAGAGGUGCUGAAGAAACGAACAGAAGGAUUUGCUGACGCGUUCGCAAACCGGACUGUAGAGGCGAAUGAGGAUGCUACAGGGAUCACGUUGCACAAAGAAUCUCGUUGGUACGCUGGAUGGAAGAAAUUCUCAGAAGAGAACGUUUAUUACAACAAGCUUCUCGACUGGAAGAUCAGGUAUGAAGAAAGUGAUAACAUUGCGGUUCGACUGGUACGCGGUGUCACAGAGCGAAUAAGCAGCGUUUUUGGCAGCCAGAAUGAAGUGUCGGAAGUAUUGACAGAGAUAGCCAAGAUAGAUCCGUCGUUCGACAAAGCGGAGUGGCUACGGUUUUGUGAGAAAGAAGUUAUACCAAACGUAUUGGAAGCUUUCAUACGUGGCGAUUUAGAAGUGCUGCAGGAUUGGUGUCAUGAAAGAGCCUUUGUUGCUUUGUCAACUGUCAUCAAAGAGUACGCGAAGAUCAAGUUCAGUACGAAGGAUAGUCGCAUUAUCGACAUUAGUAAAGUAGAGAUGGUAUCUGGAAAGAUGAUGGAACAGGGUCCAGUGUUGAUAAUCACAUUCCAAGCUUUUAUGAUCAACGUUGUAAGGAACAGUGAAGGCAAGGUUGUCGAAGGCGAUCCGAACACGCCAGUUCGGGUACAUCACGUAUGGGUAAUGU